AUGGUUACUACUCGUGCCAGUUCCCGCGGUGCCAGCGUCGGUCCUGAAUCUUUUUCUCCUGCUUUCGAAUUCACUGCUAUUCCAUCUACACCAUCGAGAUCAACACGCAAACGAGCAAUCAACAAGACGUCCUCGGCUUCUACCAAAGGCAGCGCCAAGAAACGUCGCGUAUCGGUCGAUAUGUCUCGGACAUGGCAUCACACCCCCUCGUCGGCAAUUAUGCUGUGGCUUGCGAUAUCGGUGCCUCUUGUGGUGUGGGAUAUAGGCUAUGUGUUUGGUCGACCUCACACCAUGCCAGACGGGUACCUCCACUGGCCCAUCUAUAUUCCGUAUGCUUUGUACGGGAAGGUUGAUCAUAUCUACGGGUGGAAGGCGUUUGAUUCCAACAAUGGCUUCACAGCUGCCCAGACGGCUCUUAAUGUUGUCGAGUCGGCCAUGUAUCUGGUGUACUUGUGGAUGCUCUGGACUCGAGCCGACAAGACUAGCAAGGGCGCUGCGAAGAGGACUCUGAGCGGACGAGACGGUGCUUUGGCCGUUGUGAUUGGCUUCAGUGCUGCCGUUAUGACGUUGAGCAAAACAGUCUUAUACUGGGCCAACGAAUACUACAGCGGUUUUGACAACAUUGCCCAUAACACACCCUUCGAUAUCUUCACUCUCUGGGUUCUUCCCAAUGGUUUCUGGAUUGUCCUCCCGGCUUACAUGACUUGGCUAUUUGGUAAGGAGAUCCUCGAUGGCCUGACACUUGCUUCUGGUCCGUCGGUGAAGAGGAGCGUAGAGUAG